UUGGUGGCGCUAUGUCAUAACAGAUUUUGACACGUUUAACUGCAAAUUUCUGACCAGAAAUCCUCUGAAAUCAGGAUGGAUCCUGAACUGCAGGACAGGUUACAUGACGAUGAAACCUUGCAAGAAUUUCUUCAAGAUGAUUUCAACGUCGAACAACACACCAACAAGGUGAUGCAGAGCAUGGCAAUAGCCGAGCAGCUCUCUAAGCUAGCUGAGGGAAUCAGCCUGCUCGAUAAAGAACUUCAUGCUCAGGUGUCUGCGCAUCAUGAGGACCUGCUUUCGCAGGCUACUGGUAUCGAAACACUAGAGGGCGUGCUUCAAAUGAUGAAUACGAGAAUUGGCUCUCUCCAGGCUGCAGUAGAAAGAAUUCAAAGUAAAAUCAUGGACCCUUACAACAAAAUCGUUGCCAGAACGUCUCAGCUAAGGAGACUUCAGGAAGCAUGUGACUUACUACGAAGGAUCAUCCGCAUUUUGUACUUGAGCAAGAGACUACAGAGUCAGUUACAAGGUGGAGCCAGGGAGAUCACCAAAGCAGCUCAGAGUCUCAAUGAGUUAGAUUUUCUGUACGACGGAGUAGACCUGAAAGGGAUUGACGUGAUUGAGCAGGAUACGCUAUUCAUCAGGAAAGCAAGGCGUGAUGUAGAGAGACAGGCUCAGAAAAUGCUUCAUCAAGGAAUGGAAACACAGAAUCAGACCCAGGUAGCGACCUCUCUGCAGGUAUUCCACAAUCUGGGCUGCCUCCACGAGACGGUGAAUCAAAUCGUCGUCGAGAGCCAAGACACCGUCAAGAAGAAUGUCCAGGAUGCGUUGGCCGUCCAGACACCAAACCAGCCGCAGUUCCAACCAGGGAGAGGUGGACCGGGCAGGGCGUCCAUGCCAAUGACGGGUAACACGGCAACAUUUAGAGCUACUCUCUGGACCAACUUGUCUAAAUUGAUGGACCAGAUAUAUGCUACAUGUGGACAGGUUCAACACCUGCAGAAGGUUUUAUCCAAGAAACGGGAUCCAGUCACUCACGUUUGCUUCAUGGAGGAACUUCAAAAGGAAGGGCAAACAGAUAUCAUGAUGUCAUUUUGGAAGUGUCUGACGGACACGCUGAAGGGAGAGUUUGCUGAAAUAGCCAAUGCCUCAACGUUUAUAAGGCAAGCCUUUGAGGGUGAGUAUCCAAAACUCCUUCGUCUUUUCAAUGAGUUGUGGAAGCGUCUUCAGCAGUUCAGCCUGACGGCGCCCUCAGCCAGCGGGGACGCUUCGUUCCUGGCCUCGGCAAAGGCUCACACCUUCUCAGAGGUUGAGAGCGAAGGAUACAGUUCCGAGAAGGCAUUGAAGGAGUCGUUAUCGACCUUUGAGAAUGCCUACUUGACGAGGUCGUUGUCUCGUCUCUUCGAUCCGAUCAAUCUGGUUUUCCCGAGCGGAGCCUCUAGCCCACCGUCAGACGAUGAAGUUGAGAGCAUCGUCAAAUCAAUAUCCAGUGAGUUGAAUGUGGCAAGCGUCGACGUUGGAUUGAGUUUAUUAGUUGCACGUAACGUGGCCAAAACAGUGAAGCUGUACUCUGCAAAGUGCGAACAACUGCUCUCCACGGACGGUGACGCCACCCAGGUCAUAGCGUCGCCGACGUCCGGUCAGAUGCGCAACGUCGCGUUGGUGAACUCGCUAUUCCACUUCCACCAGGCGGUGUGCAAGGUGGUGGACAGCAUGAGUAACUUCCCUGGUCAAGCGGUCCAAGUUGUGCAGCUUGCUCUCCAGGAUGUAGUAGCGUUAAUGAGCAACGCCAUCAAGCCGAUAUUGAGCUCCAUCUUUGAUUCCAUCGAUGCCAUCAUUCUAACCAUGCACAAUGAAGACUUUAAGGGAGGUCCAGUAAGUGGAGCGGGUAAAGACGCCGUUGAUUCACCCUGCUCGCUGUACAUGAGAGAACUACAAGGUUUCAUUGCCAGGGCACAGACUGAUUACCUGUUAUCCUUUAGAUGUGCAGACUUCAUCAUUGACAGUGUACACCCAAUGGCUUGUGAAGCAAUUGAGUUGUUUGUCCGUCACGCCAGCCUCAUACGCCCACUUGGGGAGGGAGGGAAGAUGCGACUUGCAGCUGAUUUCGCCCAAAUGGAGUUGGCAGUCACCCCGAUGUGUCGUCGUGUAUCUGAUCUCGGCCGACCCUACAAGCUCCUGAGAGCUUUCCGUCCUCUGUUGUUCCAGACAUCGGAGCACAUCUCAUCGAGCCCCGCCCUCGGUGAGAUCAUCCCAUACUCCACCGCGCUGCAUUUCCUGUUUGCCAGAGCUCCGGCUGAGCUGAUGUCACCUCAUGAGGUGGCUGGUUGGUCAACGACACGGUAUUCGCAAUGGCUGAGUGAUCACUGCUCAGAAAAAGAGAGACUCGCUUUAAUCAGGGGCACCCUUGAGGCGUACGUCCAGUCAGUCAGAUCAAGACAAGGCAAGGAGUUCGCUCCAAUCUAUCCAAUAAUGCUUGACUUACUACAGAGGGGAACGCAGGCAUCUGGAUCUGAUAUGACGCACACAUAGAUGUGGAAGUCGUUUCUGUAAUCAUGAAGAUGUAGCUAUGGUUACGAAGAUGUAUAGUUGACAAGCAGCUGUAACCAUGGUUUCAAAGACGUACAGACAGAGUUAUAGGCCUUUCUUUUGAAUACUAUUUUGAACGGGUGGCUUGAGUAUCAACAUAUGUAUAAAUGGGUUUGUACAAAUCUCUGCCCUUUUGAAGACGACAUUUGUAGUAGUACAUGCAGUUGGAAAGGAUUCCUUCUUAUAUUAAACCAUGAUGACCUACACUGGGAGGUCAUAGGAGUCACUAAGAAGUUGUCGCAGCGACCUUGUUCCCGAGGUGACAAUCUUGCCACGUCUUUUUUUCCCGGUUCGCUCGCUCACAACCCCUGGAAGUGGUGAAUUAGAAUUUGCCAGUAUAUGGACCAUUGUACGUAUAGGCCUGUGGCUGAUCGACUGUAUGGGUGCACUCAAGUACGAUAGCCUGCAAAACAGGCAUCAUAGGCCUGUGGCUGAUCGACUGUAUGGGUGCACUCGAGUACGAUAGCCUGCAAAACAGGCAUCAUAGGCCUGUGGCUGAUCGACUGUAUGGGUGCACUCGAGUACGAUAGCCUGCAAAACAGGCAUCAUAGGCCUGUGGCUGAUCGACUGUAUGGGUGCACUCGAGUACGAUAGCCUGCAAAACAGGCAUCAUAGGCCUGUGGCUGAUCGACUGUAUGGGUGCACUCGAGUACGAUAGCCUGCAAAACAGGCAUCAUAGGCCUGUGGCUGAUCGACUGUAUGGGUGCACUCAAGUACGAUAGCCUGCAAAACAGGCAUCAUAGGCCUGUGGCUGAUCGACUGUAUGGGUGCACUCAAGUACGAUAGCCUGCAAAACAGACAUCAUAGGCCUGUGGCUGAUCGACUGUAUGGGUGCACUCAAGUACGAUAGCCCGCAAAACAGGCAUCAUAGGCCUGUGGCUGAUCGACUGUAUGGGUGCACUCAAGUACGAUAGCCUGCAAAACAGACAUCAUAGGCCUGUGGCUGAUCGACUGUAUGGGUGCACUCAAGUACGAUAGCCCGCAAAACAGGCAUCAUAGGCCUGUGGCUGAUCGACUGUAUGGGUGCACUCAAGUACGAUAGCCUGCAAAACAGACAUCAUAGGCCUGUGGCUGAUCGACUGUAUGGGUGCACUCAAGUACGAUAGCCCGCAAAACAGGCAUCAUAGGCCUGUGGCUGAUCGACUGUAUGGGUGCACUCAAGUACGAUAGCCUGCAAAACAGGCAUCAUUUCUUAGAUCAACUGGUCUCCUCUAAUUGUAUCUUGUUAUGCGCAUACAAAGGGUCCUAUAAGUAACAAUAAUUUGGGGGGCUAAUCAUCCUUACUCGCAGCUAGAGCUGAAUUGGGAAGGACGCGGCUACAACGUGUUCGAGAAGCAGGCACGCAAGGGCGCAUUCAGCUGCCAGCCACAUCAACCCAUUAAUUCACGGAAACAAAAUGUUCUUUAGUAUGAACUUCAUAAUCAGUAGUCUUUCAGUCUAAAAUUAAACAAAGAUGUUUUUAUGGGGAAAGGUCGA